AUGAAGAAACACUGGUUCAACAGAUCAGAAUCAAUUGAACCAGGGGGUUUGAAUCUGCAUAAAAGGUUAGUUCUCUCUCAAUUGGUUCAGUGGAAGUGGAACUCCUUCUCUGGUAAUUCUGCAAAACAGAGCACCGAGAUUUAUCCCAUGAAAUUCAAUGUUAUUAGGGUGGAGGGAGUGGUCUCGGAGAGAAGCGCUACAGUUAGUUACUGGCAAGUCGCUACAUGGUUUACCUUUAGACGCCUCCAUAUUGGGAUUCAACUCGUUUUAGAUUAUCUCCAAACCGAAAUCCCCGACAUGGACGCUAUUCGCAUCUUGGGAAACUAUUGUUCCGACAAGAAACCUCCAGCGGUUAACUGGAUUGAUGGACGUGGUAAAUCUGUAGUAUGUGAGGCAAUCAUACACGAAAACGUAAUAAAGAGCGUUCUAAAAGCAAAUGCAGUUGUGUUGGUCGAACUAAACAUAUUGAAGAACCUAACUGGAUCCGUUAUGGUAGGUGUGCUAGGUGGGUUUAGCGCGCAUGCAAACAACAAUGUCUCCGCCAUCUACAUUGCGAGUGGACAAGACCUGGCCCAGAACAUCGAGAGCUUUCAUUGUAUCACCAUGAUGGAAACAGUAAACGAAGGGCGGGAUCCUCAGGUAUCGGUGAGAAUGUCGUCGAUUGAGGUCGCGACUGUGGGUGGCGAUACCCAGUUAGCCUCACAGUUAGCUUGUUUGAACCUAUUGGGUGUAAAGGGUUCUAAUAAAUUGACUCUUCAUUGCUACAAAUGUAUUACUCAAUAUGCACUCAAAAGUAUCAAACAAUGUAACCACUUGAUAUUGCAUAGCAAAAAGAUUAUGAGUCUAGUGGGAGAUGAUACUUACCAUCUCGAUCUAUGUGAUGCUACAUGUUGCUCUGAAUCUUAG